GUUGACAGCGUCGGACGCGCAAAGCUCUCGAUAAACCGAAACGCUCGCAAGCUCUUGUUAUUCAGCUCACCUGAGAGUUGCUCCCCUCUGUUCGGUUCAGUCUUUUACUUUUCUGCAAGGUUAAGAGCUUAGAGCUUUGAAGCUUGGCGCCGCCGGCAAAAGCCAAGGUUAAAUUGCUCCAAACGUUAUUAGCGAUAUGUCGUUUUUUCGCAACAUACGUUCAUCAUUGUCUUCGUCAAGGGCCAAGAGCUCUUCCCGUGAUACAACACCAGUUCGCAGCUCCAGCUCUCGACCAGCUAGUGUGAUUAGUACAUCGACACGUCGUGAUUCUACAACUAGCUCGACCCUACAGCGUGGCGAUACCUUCAUACUGAAUCCAUCCGAUGAAGAUCGUCCGCCCUCGAAUUGCUCGACUUUGGAAAAGAAAUCGAAAAAAUCGAAAGUUUUUAGCAAAUUUAGUACAUUUACGAAACGCAAGAAGACUCCAUCACCCUCAGAGGAGGCUACCUAUGAGCAUCAUCCUAGUGAUACGGCCACAAAUACCUAUUACAAAUGGCGCAACGAUGGAGCCGAUUCGCGAUUAGUUGACUACGAUGCCCAGGCUGAUCCCUUCAAUUUCCUGUAUGAACAGCAAUCGAGUUUGAAGGCGCUACAGGGCGAUUCGAAUAUAAAUCGUCAGUCUAGCAUUGGAUCCAAUUCAAAUUCAAGUGGUAGCUUCGAUUCAUCCACCUAUCGUAAGAGUAAGCCACCCAAACAUUUGCGAGAACAAUUGGAGCAAUUGAAAACCCAUACGAAUGCCGAUCUAGUGGAGGAUCAACAACUAGAGGACGAUGAGAGGGAUAAAUACAAGACAAUCACAUUGAGUAGUUUUCGUAAAUCGUUUCGUGAUCGCCUGAUACAACAGCAAAAGGAGGAUCCUCAUAAUCCCGCCUGGUUUGUGGAAGUACCUCAACAAACAACAACAACAACAUCAUCAUCAUCCGAUCAAGCGCAACAUCGUCUAUCGAAGGAGAAUCGUCCAGACUUUUUGGUUUUUGAAAAUGACAACUAUCGGCCUCAGUCACGUUCACCACUUCGAGAUCGACCAUCACGAUCUGUCACCCGUUCGCCUGUUAAACGAAACGAGACAUUCCGUGUGACUCAACCCAGGAAAUCCUCACCAUCUCCUGCACCACCAUCUAUACGUAUCGAGAUUAAGAAUUCCAUAUCCCCACAUUCCCCGGGACGUUUUGUUCCCGUCGGUGUGGCCAAGCCCAUGCCAACUGCAGAGUAUUAUGCAAAACCACAAUCGCCCACAAGACAUCAUCAACCUGCCAAAAUGAGCGGACGCUAUCAGACUUUGGUUCACAUAGGCAGUGAACUUGGUGGAAAAUCAAGCAUGGCGCCUCCCCCAAGCCGUGGAAGGGCUCCCACUCGCAUUCAGCUCUAUGGCAAUAAACCACAGUCCGCCACAAGUGGCGCCUUCAACUAUCGUCCGCACUCAUCCUCAUCCAGUAGUCUGCCCCAUCAGCAGACUUACUUUGGUGGCCAUUACAAUGCUCCAAAGACGGCCAAAACCACCACAUCAACCACAUCCCAAUGGCAGACGUCAAGUUCACGUGGUCUAAGCAACAACAACAACAACAACAACAACAAGUUUGGAGGGAGUGGAGGAGAACCUACCAUAUAUUUGGGGCGUCGCGAUCAACAGCAACAUCAGCCACAUCAGCAUCAAGCACGUCCCGCCCCCGCUUUAAUACGGCGCAAUCGAUCGCCUAUCAAAAUUCCCUGGCGGUAGGCGUAGUGCCCAAUCAACGAUCGGACCGAUCUGCGAGUUCUGUUCUGUUGCGUCAUUUGAGCGCUUAGUGAAUAAUUUUCUCCCUCUCUAUCGCCACCCACCCAUAACCCCCUCUUUGCGUGUGUGUGUGUGUGUGGCAUAUUUUUUUUUUUUUUAUUAUUAUUUAUUUGCAGUUUAAUGAUUUAUGUCCACAUGUCAUUUACCCCUCUCCCCAUACUUACGGGUUGUGAAGUUUUACAUUUAUUUUUUUU